AACCCAAAAAUUAUCACCUUCAGAUCCAAAACAUGCCAUAAAUCGUAAAGCUAGUUAUAAAGCUCUUGAAGAUCUUUAUAAUUCUGGAAAAAUUCGAGCUAUUGGAGUUAGCAAUUAUACUCAUCGUCAUUUAACAGAUUUAUUAUCAUAUUGUAAAAUUAUUCCUCAAGUUUUACAAAUUGAAUUACAUCCAUUAUAUUAUCAAAAAGAGUUAAUUGAUUUAUGUAAAAAAAAUAAUAUUCAAGUUCAAGCUUAUUCAAGUUUAGGAGAAGGUAGAUUAGUUAAUGGAGAUAUUGAAAUACAAUCAAUUAAAGAAUUUGCAAAGAAAAAUAAUGUUAAAGAAGCACAGAUUUUAUUUAGAUGGGGAUAUCAACAUGAAUUUAUUGUUUUACCUAAAUCUGUUAAUGCGGAAAGGAUUAAAGAAAAUGCAAAUAUUUUUAAUUUUGAGUU